AUGAGUUACACGAGCAGAAGAUACGACCAAGGGGAGUCUAUAUCGUGCGCAUUCUAUAGCAAGAUCGGUGCUUGUCGACAUGGCGAAAAGUGCUCCAAGAAACACAUCAAACCAACAUCAUCCAGAACCUUACUCCUAGCCAACUUAUACCAGAACCCAAAAAUGAACAAGAGCGAGAACGAGGACUCGUCUCCUCAGCAGUUGCAGGAAACGCUAGAUCUAUUCUAUCAGGAUGUGUUUGUUCAUCUAAGCCGGAAGUGCGAAGUGGCAUCGAUGAUUGUGUGUGAGAAUGAAAACAACCACUUGAACGGCAACGUCUAUGUGCGAUUCUACUCCGAGAACGACGCAGCAAGAGUUAACCAAGAAUUGAACCAGGAAUGGUUCAAUGGCAAGCCUGUUCACUCUGACUUGUCCCCCGUACUGAACUUUGACGAGGCUCGAUGUAGAGCUUAUGACACAGACACGUGUGAAAGAGGCGAAAUGUGCAACUACAUGCAUCUCCGAGAGCCCAGUGCCAGUAUAAUGGACAAGUUGACCAAAGGACAAGAGAAGAAGUACUUGAGCCGCCAGUUGGAAAAGCUAAAGGCGCAACUAGCUGAAUUCCCUCCUCCUUCGGAGAAACCCAAUGGAGAUGAUGAUGCAAGCUCAAACACCACUGCCACCACCACCACCAAUUCUCUCUUGAGCCAAUUAGAAUAG